GGAAAUUGGUCCUACAUUGAAAGUUUGGAUGAUCCUAUCGCAAGGAAUUAUAAUUGGAUUACGUGUGAGCGGAUUAAUGACUGUCGCCUGCUUUCCUGCUUUUAUUUGGAUUUUUUUUUGAAAGCCAUUGUUAGCAACUUUUGAGGGGCAUAUCGAACUGUGUGGCGUAUUUUAUUAGUUUUGUGAAGUAACCGAAAAAAAAAAAUCAAACAAAAUGUCGACAGUCGAUAAGGAAGAGCUGGUCCAGAAGGCUAAACUGGCCGAGCAGUCAGAACGUUACGAUGAUAUGGCCCAGGCCAUGAAGUCCGUCACAGAGACUGGCGUUGAGCUCUCAAAUGAGGAAAGAAAUCUGCUCUCCGUUGCCUACAAAAAUGUGGUCGGUGCCCGCAGGUCAUCGUGGCGUGUCAUCUCCUCCAUUGAGCAGAAAACCGAAGCAUCCGCUAGAAAACAGCAGCUCGCCCGUGAGUACAGAGAGCGUGUGGAGAAGGAGCUGAGGGAAAUCUGCUACGAAGUUUUGGGACUUCUGGACAAAUACCUUAUUCCAAAAGCCAGCAAUCCCGAGAGCAAGGUGUUCUACCUGAAGAUGAAGGGUGAUUACUACAGGUAUUUAGCCGAGGUUGCCACAGGAGAUGCACGCAACACCGUCGUUGAGGACUCGAAAAAUGCCUAUCAGGAGGCGUUCGAUAUUGCAAAAACCAAAAUGCAGCCCACACAUCCCAUCCGUUUGGGUCUGGCCCUUAACUUCUCAGUCUUCUACUAUGAGAUCUUGAACUCACCAGACAAAGCUUGCCAAUUGGCUAAACAGGCGUUCGAUGAUGCGAUAGCCGAGCUGGACACACUGAACGAGGACUCCUACAAGGACUCGACACUCAUCAUGCAGCUGUUGAGGGACAACCUGACUCUCUGGACGUCCGACACCCAAGGCGACGAAGCUGAGCCACAGGAGGGCGGCGACAACUAACCAAACAACUAAGCAAAUGUUUCCUUUUUGACUAUGCAAAUAUUAUUCAGUAAUACAAACAAACAAAAACCAGAAACUACAAAGAGAAACAAAUAUUAUAAAACGCAACCAGCAAAGCAAAACAAUUUGAAAUGAAACGAUAAUCCAGGCGAGAGCAGCAGACAGGCAGGCAAAAAGCGCGAACAUUUGAGACAUUAACAUACGAAUUGAGGGCAGAAUGCUUCACAGUUCAUUUGGGGCCGAUGGGCCGGCAUUUGAGGCCGUUUUCCCGAUUGUCACGGGUAGUUUUUAUACGGGCUCCGGUUGCAAGCGAAUCCAGUAUACAGAUGGUCAAACGCUUGGACAGGACAGAUGCCGGCCAAUCCGACUCAAAUGUAGCUUAAGAUCUGCAACUGCUUAAGAAAUACAGAAAAAUACAGCAUCGCUGUGAGGGGCAAACGAAUGCGGACUAUUUGGGAGUUUGGCAUGAUUUUUCCGGAUUUUGAAUCAAAUUAAUCUAGCAGAUAAUUCGUAAUUGUGUGUGUUUUUCCCGAUCGAAACGGCCAAACUCUAGAUGCUCCGAAUUUGUUCGCCCUGGCGAUGCCUCGUGUGGAUUUCCUCCUUAGAAAACAACAAAAAACAACUAAAUAAUAUUCCUAACUGUAUACACAAGAAAUGAAAUGAGAUAAUCGGUUAUUAUACGUUUUUUGCAAGAGUCCAAAUUAAUUAUUUAAUUUUCGUAUUGCAACAGAAACAACUGCAAAAGAUACAGCAACAACAACAACCAAGCGAACCAAAUGAGAAAACAAAAAUAAAAACAAACUUAUGUAUUAUUUGUAAUUCUUUUUCUAAACAAAUAAAACCAAAAAACCUAGUUUCCCAUUUUACGUUUACUUCAUUUCGAAAUUGGUUCACUUUUCGUUUUUCAACCUGCCCCCCCACACACACAGACAGAAGCACACACAGAUACACACAGUCACACACAGACAGGGCUGCAUUUAUAAUGCACGUGCGAAAAUCGGUUCAAAUCCCAUGAAUCAGGAACCAUAUCUGUUAGAGGAAUGUGGCGAGAACGGAAAAAUACAGAAAAUAUAUAAUUGUUCAUUGCUAUUUUUUAUACAUGUCUUACAUAAAACAAAAGGGUUAAAUCUACAAUUGCAAUUUCUUUGUUGUUUUUUCUUGGUAUAAACAAUUGUGAAAAGCAUAACUCAUAUAAUACAUACAUAUAACCAACUGUCGUCUGUCAAAUGAAUUUUUCGAACGAAAUGAAAUCUAAUAUCCCCUUGCGGAAGUCCACUAAUACUUUUUUUUUACUGUGCAACAUGGCGAAGGCACGAGUUUUAUUGUGCGCAAUGUCUGCCCAAUUUCCCAUUUAUUCGUUAGUUGGGUGUAACUUUUUGAAGUACAUACAUACAUAUGUGUACGUUUAAGCCCAGAGAAGCGUUUCCCCAACAAAGAAACAGCCACAAAUUGUUCCUAAAAUCUGGCGAUUUUUUCUUAGCUCUUUUAUUAUCGUUCGAAAAUGUGGUCGACUUCUUCAAUCAAUGACAAUUGCAGCCUGCAAAUUAGCAAUGGAAAUAUUAAAACGGAAAUUAAAUGAAGAUCGAAUCAAAA